AUGUACCUAGUUCGGCCGUUUGCUGAGAUGACAGAUGCAACUGUCUGGCUUUCUGCAAUUGUUCAAGUCGAUUCAGAUAACUUAGACUGUAAAAGUGAUCCUCAUGGAUCAGAUGACAGUGUUGUAGAUCCUUCUUAUAAUCCACCCAAAAUACCAAUAACUGAAAUGCUAGCUGAAAUACCUACAAAUAUUAGAGGUGCAAAGAUGAAGGUUAAAUACCAUUCAAACAACGAAAAAAUUGGUCGGAAAAGACUGACACAUACUUCGACAUGGCAAAAGACUAAUGCAAGGAGCUUGCAAAAUAGUGGAGAAGCUUAUUUGUCUAUAGACGAGAACGAGGACUUAGAUCAAGUUCCAACAAACAAUGAUGCUAAAUCAGAAGAGGACGUGGACUCAGAUCAAGUUUCAGUAAACAAUAAUGCUGAAAGUAGUGGUGAUGACGAAAAUAACAGUGAUGCUCUCAAUAAAAAUAGGGCUGUAAAAUCUUCUGUUCCUAAUAAUACUGUGUUUCAAAAGGACCAAUUUGUUGUUGUUAAGUUCGAGGCCAAUAAAAGAAAUUUAAACUUUGUUGGAAAAAUUGAAGAUAUCCAUGGGGACUUUUGUACUAUAAACUUCCUAAGAAAGAAAUUUUCUAAAAAGGUAUGCAGGAGUAAAUAUUACUACUUUGUUUAUCCAGAUGUUCCCGAUAGAUCAAUAGUUUACAACGAAGAUAUCAAGAUUUUGUUAAGAAAUCCCAUUGACUUGAGAAGAAAUCGCAUCCAGUUCCGAGAAGAUCUCAAUUAUGAUUUUAUAGGGUAG